AUGCCUGUGUCUGAAAUCCUCCUGCUGCGGCAUGGGAAUCGCCUCCAGUGGACAUUAAAUCCUGUUACCGGCGAAUACUCAUCGAGCCACCCCUAUCCUACGCGUCUCCCAGCGGACCCUCCUUUGGCCUCGUUCGGUGUACGACAGGCGCAAGAGACAGGAGCACACCUGGGCAAAAUCUUGAGUGACCUUGCGAAGCAGGAUCGCCUGCGCAUCUACUCUAGCUUAUUCUACCGAUGUCUUGAGACGCUCCGACCGACAGUCGAAGCGCUGAUUGAGGCCACAUCCUUCUCAACUACGGGGAAUGUGAACAAAAGCGUGCGUGUUCGAGGAGAAAGAGGUAUUGGCGAGUGGUUCGGAAGGGCAUGGUUUGUGCAGCCAAAGCCCGCAGAGUCUGCACGGUUACGAAGAGACUUCUUCCCCUGGCUCGACGACACCUACGAAUCCAGGGUCGUUCCCCCAGAGCACGGAGAAAGGAUAGAUCCACUACAUGAUCGCGUUGCGCGAGCCCUGGCGACUAUCGUCGAAGAUGUGGACAAGGAAUAUCAACAAGCUGGACGAGGCGACGAGGAAGUCACCCUGCUUCUCUGUGGCCAUGCAGCUCAGAUCAUUGCCAGUGGCAGAGCGUUGACGGGCCAAAUGCCUGAUGAUCACGACGAAGACGACUUUAAAUGCUUCACCUGUGGGAUUAGCAAGUUUGCGCGCAGACGGGUCCCUGCUGAAGGAGAAGUAUACUAUGAUGACGACUGGAGAAACAGUGGAGGUGUAGCUGGCGGGUUCGACUGCAUUUUGAACAGUGACUGCAGUCACCUCAAGCAGGGCGAAGAAAGAGGUUGGCACUUCCAUGGCGAUGAGAGUUUUGAUUCAUACGAGGCUGCUGCUGCGCUGGGGGUCAGGACCUCGGACGGGAGUGUUGGGCCGUCCAAACUGUAG